AUGCUUAAGGGCUCUGGGGCUUAUCCAUCACAGAAUACUGACAACUUCCCAGCAUAUGAUAACUAUCCCAUGGCACACGGCGGCAGUCCUCAGACACGUGGAGGAUACCCGAUGCCACACUAUGACUACCAGAUGCCGCCUAUGCCCGUUCCGUCAGACAAGGGAGCCACUGUCCUACGAGCUCUUCCGGGCUCAAAUAUGACUGCUGCUGAUACGCCAGACUUGGCAUAUUGCAACAUGAUCCUGGAAGCACCAAUACCCCCAACUGCAGAUCAGGUUCCCUGGUUCUGUACCUGCACCCUGUGUAAAGGAGGUAGUAAAGGCCCAAAGGGAUCCAGAGGAGACAGGGGCCUACCAGGUCAACCGGGCAGUCCAGGAAGGAGAGGCCUCACUGGUCCCCCAGGACUUCCAGGUUUCACAGGUCGUCCUGGAAUGAAGGGCCAGAAAGGUGAUGAUGGUGCAAAAGGAGACCAGGGUCCAAUGGGUUUCAUGGGGAUGAAGGGAGAGCAUGGACUCAAAGGUGAUAAAGGGGACAUGGGUGUGGAUGGGAGUCCAGGGGUCCAAGGGCCACCUGGAGAAGCUGGGCAGUGCCCUGCGACAUGUGAAUCUACUCAUGGACCUCCAGGAGAAGUUGGCCUGCCGGGAAUAGUUGGGCCAAGAGGCCUGCCAGGGACUGCGGGAAUGCCUGGGAUGAAAGGCCAGAAAGGAGAUAAGGGCGAGGUUGGUAUGCCUGGCGUCCCAGGCAUAGAUGGACAAAAAGGGGAUCAAGGAGAACAGGGUGUGUGCCACUGCAAGGAUGGGGCCAAAGGUGCUGACGGACAUCAGGGUUCUCCGGGGCUGAGGGGUGAAAAAGGGGAAAUGGGUCCACAGGGACAUGCAGGAGCAGAUGGUCUAAAAGGUGAAAAAGGAGAUGUAGGAGUGAACGGUCCUCCUGGCCCCUGCUCUCCUGCCAUUCAGUCAGCUUUCGCAGCAAGACUGGAUCACAUUUAUCCCGUGCCAGAUUUGCCUAUUCCCUUUACUGCGGUCAUUUACAACAUGCAGUUUCACUACAACCCCUUUACGGGUAUUUACAAGGCCCCUGUAAAUGGCACCUAUGUCUUUAGCUAUCAUUUGGUAGUGUUUAGCAGAGUGCUCAGAGUGGGUCUCUUCCACAACUUCAUACCCAUCGUGAAAAGCACUGAGUUGGUCAGUCUUGGUUCAGUCUCUCAACAGGUUGUCCUGCACCUUAGCAUGGGUGAUGAAGUGUGGCUCCAGGUAAGGGACACCACCAGUAAUGGUAUGUAUGCCAACAGUGAGGCCAGUAGCACCUUCUCGGGCUUCCUGCUUUACCCAGACAGCUGUGAUGUACCGUUUUCUCGGGUGCUUCCUCUUGAACCUCUUGUUGGGACAUACGAAUGGGGAGAACUGGAGGCCCCAACCACUCCUGCUCCAUAA